UCUCGCCUGGAUCGCAGCAUCACCAGACCCCACGCUUGCUGCUUCUGAAGGGAUUGUUUAUAUCAGGAAGGGAUGCGACAGAAGGUGUGUGCGCUUUCGCGGGCUCGUCCCGGUAAAGAUGCUCUGUCCAGCGGGCAGCAGCGGUAACUUUCACGCCAAGUGCCUUUCGGUGGGGAAUACUCGUUCAUUAAAAAGGCAUUAAUUUGAGAAUUUCACGAGAAAGCAAUUUUGGAUAGGCGCACGUGGUCCCAUCGGAUUAACUCCAAAAUCAAGCUUUGACUGACAACGAACUUCAAUUUAAAUCCAAGCAUUGGAUGGGACUGAAACCUGUGGUCCAGACCAGGUGGUUUAUUAAGAGCCUCCUGGAUGCUGUUAGACCACGAUGAUAAGUUUCGCGUUGGGUUUGGAGAGUUGUAAACGCGACAGGAUGUCUCAGGAACUCUUUGGUGGAUUUUGUUGUGGAACCUACACAUUUAUCCAAAGGGAUAACAGCUGGUAAUCCUCGUUUUUAAAGGAAAAGAUAUGUUUCUUAAUUCUGGAGAUAGCCUACCUGACGCGUUGGUUGAGUUCAUGAUGCGUCAACACUUGUGGACGGAGUGUGAUGUGAAGAAGACUCGGUGGAUUUACUGAAGUUGUGCGUUUGUCGAUUUAUGGAUUAUUAAGAGAUUUAAAUCAAGCAUGUAAAUAGACAACGAACAUCACAUUGCUUCGUCAGGGUAAUGGAUUCGGACCGCGUUCGUUUUUCUGUCAGUUUCACGCGUGAUCGCUAUAUUAUAAAGACUAAGGUCGAGAUCUUUUACGCGUGAAGACAGAGAUGGCUGGCAAUUACUUCUGCACAACUCCCGAUAAUGCACUGACUUGAUAGUGUUUUGAUUUGAAAGAUAAACUUUGGAAUUAUCGAAGGUCCUCUACUCAUCAAUAGACUAUUGACGCUUCAACAGGUGACUGAGUGUGCAGUAGGCUAUAUCAGAAUGCUCGUACUGGUAUGAAAGCUGGUCCUGUGGGUUUUCAGUUGACCCUCUGUGCUUCCUUCAUCUCCUGCCCUGCUUCUCACCGUCCACAUGCAGGCAAAGAAGCGAUACCUGCUGGUAUCAGUGGGCGCCUGUAGCCUGCUGCUCGCCUACCUGUGUGGCCUGCAGAUUGGUGAGUUCCACAGCCAAAACCGUGCAGAGCUUUAUGGAUUGUCGCAGGUGCCCAGCUUUUCACCUCGCUGGCCUGAAUGGGUAGAUCCCCCACUGCAGACCUACCUGGGUGAGGCCGAGCAGGAAGAAGAUGGACCUCUGCUUCUUCAUCAACACACAUCUCCUCGCGAGAGACGUGAAAUCCAGAAAAACAUCUACAAGAGCCGAAGAUGCCGCAUGGACACCUGCUUUGAUUUCCAGCGCUGUGAACGGGGGUUUAAAAUCUACGUUUAUCCACCUCAGAAAGGUGAAGUGCCCUCGGAAAGCUACCAGAAAAUUCUGGCCGCCAUCGAGGAGUCGGGGUUCUACACCACGGACCCUAACGAGGCCUGUUUGUUUGUUUUGAGCAUAGACACUUUAGACAGGGACCAGCUGUCUGCUCAAUAUGUGCAUAAUGUCCGAGCUCGAAUUCAAAGCCUCCCUUUGUGGUACGAAGGGAGGAACCAUCUGAUUUUUAACUUGUACUCUGGAACUUGGCCUGAUUAUACAGAGGAACUAGGAUUCGAUAUCGGACAAGCCAUGUUGGCUAAGGCCAGUACUGACAUGGACAACUUUAGACCACAUUUUGAUAUUUCCAUCCCUCUGUUUUCAAAAGACCAUCCACAGAAAGGAGGAGACAAAGGUUUUCUGAAUCUUAACAAUGUCCCCCCUUUACGGAAAUACUUGCUGGUCUUCAAGGGGAAAAGGUAUCUAACUGGCAUCGGCUCCGAAACCAGAAACGCGCUUUAUCACAUACAUAAUGGGGAUGAUAUCAUUUUAUUGACUACCUGCAAACAUGGGAAAGACUGGGAAAAACAUAAGGAUGCAAGGUGUGACCGAGACAAUGAAGAAUACACAAAGUUAGAUUAUCAGGAGCUGCUACAUAACUCCAGCUUCUGUCUCGUUCCUCGGGGCCGGAGACUUGGGUCUUUCCGCUUCCUCGAAGCCCUACAGGCAGCCUGUAUUCCUGUGCUGCUGAGUAAUGGAUGGGAGCUGCCCUUUUCAGAGGUCAUUGACUGGAGUAAAGCUGCCAUCAUUGGAGAUGAGCGAUUAUUGCUGCAGGUUCCAUCUAUCACCAGGUCUGUGGGCUCUGACAGGAUCCUGGCACUGCGGCAGCAGACACAGUUCCUGUGGGACGCCUACUUCUCCUCCGUCACCAAGAUAGUCUUAACCACAUUAGAGAUUAUCCAUGACCGGAUACGAACGCACAUGUCAAGGAGCAGACAGAUGUGGAACUCUCUGCCUGGAGGACUCUACGCACUUCCAGAGUUUUCCAGCGAUCUCUCCCUCUUCCCCUUCUACUACUCCACACUCGGUAAGAGUCCAUCUCAGGAGUUUACAGCCGUCAUUCAAGCGCUCACGCCUCUUCAGUCCCAGCAGCAGCCCAUAUUCAAGCUCAUCCAUGCAGUGGCCAAGUCCAAGUUCUGUGUGAAGAUUUUAGUGCUGUGGAACUGUGAGAAGCCUCCACCGCCCAGAAACAAGUGGCCCUCCAUCACAACGCCCUUCUCCAUCAUUGAGGGCAAGAGAAAGACAAUGAGUGGACGUUUUUACCCUCAUCAAGCAAUCAAAACGGAUGCAGUUCUCAGUCUGGACGAGGACUCGGUUCUGUCCACCAAUGAGGUGGAUUUUGCCUUUAUUGUUUGGCAAAGUUUUCCAGAUAGGAUCGUGGGCUACCCAGCGCGCAGUCACUACUGGGACAGUGUGAAGGGCAGAUGGGGUUAUACCUCCAAAUGGACCAAUGAGUAUUCAAUGGUGCUCACAGGAGCUGCAUUCUACCACAGGUAUUAUCAUCACCUGUACACACACUACCUGCCGAUGUCUCUGCUGUCAAUGGUGGACCAGCUGGCCAACUGUGAGGACAUCCUCAUCAAUUUCCUCAUCUCUGCAGUGACCAAACUCCCGCCAAUCAAAGUCACGCAGAAGAAGCAGUACAAGGAGACAAUGAUGCAGCAGGGCUCGAAGGCAUCUCGGUGGGCUGAUCCGGACCACUUUGCACAGCGUCAGUCCUGCAUGAACUCUUUCACGAGCUGGUUCGGCUUCAUGCCUCUCCUUCACUCUCAGCUGCGUCUGGAUCCCGUCCUCUUCAAGGACCAGGUCUCCAUCCUACGCAAGAAGUACAGAGACAUCGAGCGAUUGUGAGGGAUCUAAUCCCCACCACACGCUCCAGCGAACUCAUCUGAGUAUCUUGAAACAGCCCUGAAGUGUUCGAUUCGCCUGGACUCAUUAGAGAGCAGAUACAAAAAAACACAAUAUAUUCCAUCUACGGACUAAAUUAUAAUAAAAUAUGCAACACUGAAUGGUUUUAUCUGCAGCAGAAGGUUUUGCGUAUGAAUCACAUAUGAAUUUGUUGUUAUUGUCGGUGUUGUUGUUUUUAAGGGGCGCUGCACACAUCGAACAGGAGACAAACUGUUGAAGUGGAUGGAAAAACAGCUCAACAAGUCACCUAUGCCUGC